AUGGCGAAGGCCAGCAGCAGCGGCGGAGCCCCCCAGCAGAGGGCGGGGGUCCCGGAGGGCCAGGACCCCUGGGAGCUGUCCCUGGAGGAGGUGCUGAAGUCCUACGAGCAGCCCAUCAAUGAGGAGCAGGCGUGGGCCGUGUGCUACCAGUGCUGCCGGGGGCUGGCGGGCGCGGAGGGGCGCUCGGGGCCGGCGGGCCGGAUCCGGGACACGGCGGACAUCCUGCUGCACAAGGAUGGGACGGUGACCGCCCGGGGGGAGCAGGGCUCGGCCGAGCUUCCCCUGACCCUGUCACCCUCAACGGAAGCACAGAUGGUGCAGUCGCUGGGAUUUGCCAUUUACCGGGCGCUGGACUGGGGGCUGGACGAGAGUGAGGAGCGAGAACUGAGCCCCCAGCUGGAGAAGCUGAUCGACCUCAUGGCCAACAGCGACUCUGACGACAGCGGCUGCGGCAUGGCGGACGAGGGCUACGGGGGGCAGGAUGAAGAGGAGGAGGCUGUGGAGGGGCUCCCACGAGCCGUGCGCACCUUCGGGCAGGCCAUGAGGAUGUGCGCCGCUCGCCUGACGGCCCCCCAGGAGGCACAGCAACAUUACCAGGCUGUGUGCAGGGCCCUCUUUGUGGAGACGGUGGAGCUGAAGGCUUUUCUCAGCAAGAUCCGGGAAGCUAAGGAGAUGCUGAGGAAGCUGAGGGAACAGGAAGAGGAGCUGGAGGAGAGGUCGACGGAUGAGCUCGAUAACCUGCAGAACACAGACUGGGCCAGGCUGUGGGUGCAGCUGAUGCGGGAGCUACGCGACGGUGUGAAGCUGAAGAAAGUCCAGGAGAAGCAGUACAACCCCCUGCCCACCGAGUACCAGCUGACGCCCUUUGAAAUGCUGAUGCAGGACAUCCGGGCACGCAACUACAAGCUUCGCAAAGUCAUGGUGGAUGGUGACAUCCCCCCCAGGGUGAAGAAAGAUGCCCAUGAAUGCAUUCUGGAUUUUAUACGGUCACGGCCGCCACUGAAACAGGCGUCCGAGAGGCGGUUGCGCCCCAUGCCCCAGAAGCAGAGAACGCUCCACGAGAAGAUUCUGGAAGAAAUCAAACAAGAGAGAAAACUUCGCCCGGUCGAGACGCGCCGCCAGGGUCAGAAAGGUUUUGGCUCCCUGCCCUGCAUCCUUAAUGCCUGCUCCAGCGACGUGAAGUCAACCUCCUGCAUCAACCUCUCUGUACCUGACUCAAGCACCCCCGCCCAGCGCCUGCGGCCAAGGAUUCUGCUCAAGGCUCCGACGCUGGCCGAGAUGGAGGAGAUGAAUAUCUCCGAAGAGGAGGAGUCUCCAAGCACUGAGAUGGGGAGGGAGCCUGGCUUAGGGCUCCCCCUGAAGCGUGAUCGUUCCUUCUCUGAACAGGACCUGGCCCAGUUCCAGAGCGAGAGGGGCACCAGCCAGCCCGAUUCAGGGUAUCUGGCACCACGGGAGUCUGAGCCAAGACCCCGCUCAGGUAGCAUGAAUACUGCACGGAUCAGCAUGGAAACCAAGGGUUCGUUCCCAGCCAGUUACCACCAGAUCCCACCUAGCGCUGGUCCACUCACGGCCGACCGCGGCUCCCUCGGGGCUGUGGAGGAGAGGUCAGAGGGCAGCUCCAGCUCCACCCCAGACAGCAGCUCCAAGCAUCUGUGGCUGGAGUUCAGCCACCCCGUGGAGAGCCUGGCCCUCACCGUGGAGGAGAUGAUGGACGUGCGCAGGGUGCUGGUAAAGGCCGAGAUGGAGAAAUUCCUCCCGAGCAAGGAAUUCUACAACAGCCUGAAGAAGGGGAAGAUAUGCUGCUGCUGCAGAACAAAGUUCCCUUUGUUUUCUUGGCCCCAAGCCUGUCUCUUCUGCAAGAGAUCCGUCUGCACCUCCUGCAGCCUGAAGAUUAAGAUGCCUUCAAAGAAGCUUGCUCACAUUCCGGUCUACGCCCUGGGCUUCGAGAACCUCCCCGGAUCUCUGAAUGCCAAAGCUCUGCUGCUGAGGAGGAGAGACGCCUUCCACUCCCUGCACUGGCGGAAGGUGGAAGCGGAGUUCCCCCACAUCUAUGCCCACGGCUCCAUCUUGAAGGACAUCUGCUGUGACUGCACUAGCUUCGUGACCGAUGUCAUCAGCUCGAGCCGGAAGAGCAUGGACAUCCUGAACGCCACGCCGCGCAAGGGCAGGAAGACGCAAUCCCUCUACAUCCAGCCCACCCACACUGCCAAACCCCAGUGA